GUUGCCGCCUGUUCUCGGUGGCGAGGUGGCUCGUUUGUUCUGUGAUCUAUUAGAGUGGCUUCUGAGGGCCCCGGGUUGAUGUCGGGGAGGGAGGAAAGAUGGCGGCCGUAGCGGCGUGCGGCCUGGUGGGGAAGGGACGCGACAUCAGCUUGGCUGCCCUGCAGCACCACGACCCCUAUAUCAACCGCAUCGUAGACGUGGCCAGCCAAGUGGCUCUGUACACUUUCGGCCAUCGGGCCAACGAGUGGGAGAAAACUGAUGUGGAAGGAACCUUAUUUGUUUACACAAGGUCUGCUUCUCCAAAACAUGGGUUCACCAUUAUGAAUAGGCUGAGCAUGGAAAAUAGGACAGAACCCAUUACUAAAGACCUGGAUUUCCAGCUCCAGGACCCUUUCCUUCUCUACAGAAAUGCCAGAUUGUCCAUUUAUGGAAUUUGGUUUUAUGAUAAGGAAGAAUGCCAAAGAAUUGCAGAGCUUAUGAAAAACUUAACUCAAUAUGAACAGUUGAAAGCCCAUCAGGGAGCUGGAGCAGGAAUCUCCCCAACGAUCCUCAAUUCGGGAGAAGGCAAGGAAGUAGAUAUCUUACAAAUGCUCACCAAGGCCAAAGAUGAAUACACAAAGUGUAAAACUUGUUCUGAGCCAAAACAGAUAACCAGUUCAUCUGCCAUCUACAACAACCCCAAUCUCAUCAAACCAAUUCCAGUGAAGCCCAGUGAAAACCAGCAACAGCAUAUACCUUGGCCCAACCAGACCUUAGACCCUGAACCCCAACACUUGUCCUUGAUGGCACUCUUUGGGAAGCAGGACAAAGCUACAUGUCAGGAAACUGUGGGGCCUCCACAGACCUUCCACCAGCACCACCAGCAGCAAGAGAAGCUUCCAAUUAGGCAGGGGGUUGUGCGUUCCCUGUCCUAUGAGGAACCCAAAAGACACUCGCCCCCCAUCGAGAAGCAGCUCUGUCCAGCCAUUCAGAAACUCCUGAUCAGGAGUGCAGACCUCCACCCAUUGUCAGAGCUUCCUGAAAACCAGCCCUGCAAAAAUGGCAGUACCCAUUCUGCUAGGGAAGUUUUUACUGGACCUGCCCAGCCAGGGUCUCCCCAGACCAUUGGGGCCUCUCAUCGUGUACACAAUGCUUCCAGAACUCAGAACCUGUUAGAGAAGCUUCACAGUGCCCCAGGGGCAGUGAAGAAGCACUACCCUAGUACACCAGCACCUGCCAGCUCAGCUGCCCUAAGCUUCAGCACAACUCUUACUGCUGCCACCCCUGCAGCUCCAGUAAAGGGAGUGUCUCAGCCACAACUGGUACAUGUCAAUGGCUCCCUUCCACCUCAGGCACUAGGACAUCAGGCUCAUGGAAAAGAACAGUCUACGCGUCCAAGACAAAUGCUCCCUAUCUCUGGCAAUCAGACAAGUGGUUCUGGAGUGAUCUCCCCUCAAGAGCUACUAAAGAAGCUUCAGAUCGUGCAGCAGGAGCAGCAGCUGCAUGCAUCUAACCGACCAGCCUUGGCAGCUAAGUUUCCUGUGGUAACUCAGAGCUCUAGAACAGGAAAACCCUUGGAAUCUUGGAGCGACAAGACAUCCAGCACAGAAAAGCAGGCUCCUCUUCUCCGGGUCAUCUCAUCGCAGCGUAUCCCUGCUACAGUGGCCUCUUCUCUGCUCAUGUCCCCCAUGGUGUUCACACAACCCACCUGUACCUCACCAAAGGAGCGGGACAGUGGGCUCUUGCCCUUGGGAAGCCAGGAUCCAGCUGCCACCUCCACCAGCCUCCUCCUGCCUCUGCAGAGCCCGGAGCCCAAUGUACUCACCAGCAGCCCACUUACCAAGUUGCAACUUCAAGAAGCACUGCUGUUCCUCAUUCAGAAUGACGACAACUUCUUAAAUAUAAUCUAUGAGGCUUAUCUCUUCAGCAUGACACAAGCAGCCAUGAAAAAGACUAUGUGAAAGCAAAGCAUUUCAAAAUUGAUUUUCAAGGUCCUCCAGCUCAAGGUUCUUUCAUGUUAAGUGGUGUUACUCUGAAUGUUUCUGUCUUUUUUUUAAAAAGUAUGUGUAAUAUGAAGUAAAAUGUUUCAGACUCUUUUUCAGUCAAGCUUAAAAAAAAAUAAUGAAAUCCUUCAGUAUAUCUGGUACUAUGAAUUGAGUGGGUAGAUAAAUCCUUUGCUCAGAUCACACAGUAAAUAAUACCAAGCUUAAAUUAUUUUUUUACAUGUAUAGGUCCAUUCCUUGAAGAUUUAGUCUCUCCACAGGGAGGGCUGUUUUGGAAACUUUGUUUCUUUUUUAUAGCUUGUUUAUUCUGUGAACGCGGAGAAUGUGUGCUGUUCCCAUUACUGAGUUCUGUGUGCCAUAGGGCAUGCCGACCACAAGGUGGCAGUGUCACCUCGCAGACUAAGGCAUUCAGCCCUUACCCAGCCUUUGGAAGUAAUGCUUCCAUUUCUUUUACCAGACAAAGUAAACCUUUCAUUUGUUAAAGUCCAAUUGGCUUGUUUUCCCAGGGCCUCCGACGGGAAAUUAUUUCUAAGGUAUUUAUAGCUAGUUGCUAGAGGAUAGUUGUUCUAGGUGUCCACCAAUGGCCCAGAUUUCCAGUAACACUUCAUUUAUCCAGGCUCAUGCUGUUUCUUUUGGACCCAACCAGCAGAAUAUGCCUUCCUAUGCCUCCAACUGAACAUUUUAUCAUUUUUAGCAAACAUGCUGAGAGGAAGGUCACAGAAGAUUUUAAAGCCUUUUCUUAGCCUCUGAGGAUAAGUAAUGGAUUGUUCAAGGCAUAAUGAUAAGGAUUCUUCAAGGUAUGUAGCAGAUUGGUUUUUAAGUUCUUAGAGAUGAGGAGCUUAAUCUUGGAAGGAGUAGAAGAGCCCUUGCCAAGUCGUUAAGGCCCAAAAGAGUGGGUAUGGGAAUUAGUCCCUGCUGAGUAUCAGUAAUAAAUAAAGCUUUGCAUUUCUAUAGCCCUUUUUAUUCUUGGAUCAUAAAAAGAUCUCUAGAUGACUGCGCAGAAGACAGGUUUUAUUCUCAUUUUAUAAGCCAUAAAAGGAGGCAUGGGAAAAGUAGGUUUCCUCACAGCUUCUGAUGCUGAGAUUUGGGCUUUCAGCUUUAGACCUUUAUUCAGGCACACCGUCAAGCAAAGGGUUUAUGGGAGGACCACCUCCCCACUUCCCACAGGAGUGCGCUUUUUCUUCUGAGGAGAAGAGGUGGGUGGAAAGGCAGUGACUUUACUGAGCCCUUGUUUCGUGCCAUACUCAGGCUGAGGGAUCUACUGUCAUCCUCCCACGCUUAGGAAAGGAUGGUUUCUUUUGUUUCUUUGAUGUCUCCUACAACAUCUAACAGUGAAAACCCAUAUGACGUUCUAACAAAAUACUCGAAGUUAAUAAUUGCUUCUAUAAUAUCUCGAUAUUCUUAUAAGGAGAAUGGGUCAAGGAGAGAGACACACGUGGAUCUAUUAUCCCAAAAUCAAUGACUGCUCAGUUUGGUAACACAUAUACUAAAAUUGGAACAAAAUCAAUGAUAUACUUAACUUCUGGCCAACCGUUUUGUUUGUUUUUUUUUUUUUUUAAUCUCUUUGAUCUCAAUUACAUGUUUAGAGUUGCUUCUCUCGCUAGGGAGAAAUUAAUUCCCUUUUAAAUGUUUCUAAUAUAUUUGGGGCAGCAAAUGGCUAAUCUUAUGAAGUAUUUUUAUUUUACCUCAGCAUUAAAUAAAAUAAAAUAGAAAGAAAUAUCAAUUGCAGCACCUAAUGUGAAAAGAUACACACAGCGAGAUAGAGGAAUGAACCUGAGCCCGGCAUGGUCAGACCUACACUGCGAGCUUUUCUCGGGCCUUUUUAGGUCAACACCACAGUUACCUAUUUUUGAAAGAUAACAAAUUCGCCAUCCUUUACUGGAUUGAGACACUUUAAAAGUGAUAGGCCCAAUUCAUUUAGACCAAAGACUCAGUCACUCUCUUAAAGGACUCUUGGUGAUAGAGUACUUAUUCCUUCUACAUGGCAAAGCAGAUGAGAGCUUCUUUGUAUAAAGAGACAUCUCUAAAGAAGUCAAGAAAUAGAUUAAAGAGUUGUCUAAGGCACCCAAUGUUAGAUUUCAUACAUAAAUUAAUUUAUUUUUCCCACUCUUACCCCACAUGCUGAGACCAUCACAGACCCCCCUCCUAGGUGUCAGACUAUAUCCAGCAGCAGUUUUAAGCUAACUGAAUUUCAAAUGGGACUAUGAGAUUUUGUUUUUAAAGGCAGCAUUGUUCAGUGCAGUGGAUUUCAAUCUUGCAGAAGUGAUGGAAGUCAGUUCCGCUUGGUGCAGGGAACAGAACACGUCCUUUGUCAGACAGUUCUUGGACAAGUGAACUUUUCCAACACACUGAUUUUUGAAUUGUAAAAUGAAAGUAAUACUCAUUUCACAGGGUCCUUAUGAGGAUUAACUAGGAGCGAAUUAUGUAAAAUGGCACCUCCUGCCUUGUACUCUAGAAGUAUGAGUUCCUUUCUGCCCCCUCUGCCUUGUCUGUUGUGGCCAGUCCUCCGACGCUAUGCUCACCCCUCCAACUGUUGAGAUGAGGCCCUCACUUCAUCUGCUAGCCUCCAAGACCUACGUAUUCAGUCUGAUGUUGACACUUAUAUAUCCAUGGUCACUUUGCUAUACCAUCAUCUCCCCUUCAUUUCUUUAUCAAUAAAAUGAAAAGUUUCACUUA